GAGCGUUGAAUGCUGAGUACAUACCUUGGUCCUUUGUCUCGAAGUUGCUCCUAAGAUUUGAUCGGUGAUGGCCGUGCAGCCAUCCGAUUAGUCAUUCUGCGACUUGGUCUCUUUCCAGGCAGUCAGACAAACAAACCCCUCUUCCAUUUCUUGCGGCACUUCCCUUGCUUCGUCCAUCUCUAAGACCUUAUUGGUUGACUCACGCGACGAUCCCGCACACGUGCAAUGUCCGACUAUUCGUACGCGUUCCAGAACCUCGUCCCUCAGAACCAACAUCAUCUCCCUCGCAUCCCCAACCCGGCAGCGACUACAUGGGAGACCGCGUUUUCCUCACCUGCUCAUCAGCAACGAUAUGCAUUAUCGCCCGGCGCGGCCAUCACUACGAACCCCCUCGCGCACUCGGUGCCGCCUUCCGGGGCCGCUCAACUAACCUCAAUCGCCGCACACCCAGCGACGUUGUUAUGGACCGACCUGGAGAUAUGGAUGGAUGCUGAAUACGUGCGCCAGGUGUGCACUCUCCUGCGGUGGGAUGUCGCCGCUCGCGUUCCACCCGCGGGAUCGAACGAGCUCGCGCUGGCUGGCGUCCGCCUGAAUACCAGCCCACCUCCGAGCGACAUCCCCCCACUCAACGCCGGAUUCUGUGUUCUCACAUUUGCUUCACGCGAGGCGGCGGGUGCUGCUCUGACUCAGACACAAACGACUACGACGGCGAGCUCGACGUCCCCGGGUGUGAUGAAGAUGCCGAACUCCUCCCGCCCUUUCGUCCUGAACUGGGCGCCGCCCGGCAUCGCCCCCGCAACCACGUCUGUCCUGUCCAAUUCCGCGAGUGGCAGCACCGAUGCUCCACCAGCGAUCCCGCUUAGCACGCGACCGCUCGCUGUGGGACUCACUUAUAACGCGAUGACGCCCGCUGCACCUAUUCCGGAGCCACCGGCGCACGAGUACAGCAUCUUCGUUGGCGAUCUCGCUCCCGAGACAUCCAAUAGCGACCUGGUGGCUGUCUUCCGCAACCCGGUUCUCGGGCUUCGCAAUGAUAGGGUCCCUAAGAUCAUCCGACCCUUCACUAGUUGCAAGAGCGCGAAAAUCAUGCUUGAUCCUGUCACCGGUGUCAGUCGAGGUUAUGGAUUCGUGAGAUUUACAGACGAGAUGGAUCAGCAACGUGCGCUGGUCGAAAUGCAUGGGUUGUACUGUCUUUCGCGUCCAAUGCGCAUUUCCCCUGCAACUGCCAAAUUCAGAUCAUCGGCCGAACUUCCGUCGAUUGCCAGUGUCUCCGCUGGUCUCCCUUCCCAUCCAAAUCCGGCCGAGAUCUCAGAGGAGUGGAAACACCAUGCGCAAGCUCGUGCGAUUCUCGGCCACAUGAUGGGGCCCAACGGAGAGCAACUCACGAGCACCGAUCCCUACAACACCACCGUCUUCGUGGGUGGUUUGAGCCCACUCAUCCAGGAGGACACACUCAAGUCAUUCUUUGCUCCGUUUGGCGACAUUCAUUAUGUGAAGGUUCCCGUCGGUAAACAUUGCGGCUUCGUGCAGUUUGUUCGGAAAGCCGAUGCAGAACGGGCGAUCGAAAAGAUGCAAGGAUUCCACAUUGGAGGAAGCCGCAUCCGGCUCAGUUGGGGGCGAAGCCAAUACAAAGCCGCCCAAGCAGCUGCGCAGGCUGCUCAAGCCGCUGCUCUGCAAGCGGCCAGCGCCGUUCCAAGUCCUGCUCCGCCGGUCGAAGCUCGUCCGCCAUCCAUCACGGCGCCACUCGCAUCGAAUGGGAACCUGAAUGACUUGACCCAUGAGCAAGCCCUUGCGCUUCUCCAGAAACUCGGAUACGGCCAGAGCGCUUCGCCGCCACACACGGACGGGAGCAUGAUGGUCCGCCGAGACGAUGCUGGAUUGGCAUUCGGGUACCCGGCCCGAGCGCCUUAUGAGGUUGGGGGUCCAGCGUUCCCUCUUCGAGACCCGUAUGGGUAUGGGUCUGCCAGCUUGUCAUCUCGACCGACGACGGCUAGUGAGGAACCCCCUCGCGACUCGAUGCACGAUCUGAAUGGGACCCUGGCCGGCUUGAAUCUGGAUCCAGAAACCCGUUCCUGGGGUCUGAAGACUCCCCCUGGCUCCAUCUAACGACUGCUUUCCUUCUCUGAAGCUUUUCUGUCCAUCCAUCGCAUGUUGCACAUAUCCUAUCGCGCACAGUCUGUCCUGUUUCUACCUGCUUUUUACAUCUGGUUCUCGUUUUCGCGCACAGCUCUGGGCAUCUGGAUUGCUUUUUUUUUCGUUGAGCAACACUCCUGUAUUUGUAGACAUCCUUUUGCAUACGCAUAUAACCAUGAAAUCUGUCCUGCAAUGUCACUCUGCCUAGCUUUCCUCCCCACAUCGGCGUGUCUUGCAAGGCAACGGCGUUGGGUUUCAUCCUCACAAGAACAAGUGGACAUUGAUGGAAAGAAUGAUACAGCAUGAAUCUAGAUCAUAUCCAGUACUUGGUGCGAUAAAGACAGGAGAG